AUGUGUUCUGCUUAUGAUGACAAUUUUUCUUUUUCUGUUUUGUUUGCUACUUUUAUUGAUAUAAUCAUCCUUUUGUUUGAUAAUACUUUCCUGAAAACGGCCAUAUCUGUUUUUUAUUUGUUCUCACCCUCAUCAUUUUCCUUCCAAUAUCUUCCUUUCUUUUUUCCUUCCUUUCUCUCUCUCUUUCUUUAUUUCUAUCUUUUUCUUUCUUUUUCCUUCUUCCUUUCUCUCUCUCUCUCUUUUUCUUUAUUUCUAUCUUUUUCUUUCUUUUUCUUUCUUCCUUUCUCUCUCUCUCUCUUUCUUUAUUUCUAUCUUUUUCUUUCUUUUUCUUUCUUCCUUUCUCUCUCUCUCUUUUUCUUUAUUUCUAUAUCUUUCUUACUUCCUCACUUUCUUUCUUUCUUUCUUUCUUUCUUUCUAUUUCAGAAAUCUAUCCUGUCUCCUCCUUCUCCCACAUCUUUUCAUCAUUUUUUUUCAUUUUUCUCUUUUCAGUUGAGUUUUAAGGAAUUAGUUUUGCCUUCUUUUUCACUUUUCUUUCUUUUUUUUUUUUUCGUUUUUCUAUUUCUUCUCACCCGCCUCAAUUUCUUUCGGUUAUUUUUCUUUCUUUCUUCCUCUUUCUUUAUCGCUCCCUCUCAUUCUUUCUUUCUUUCUUUCUUUCUUUCUUUCUUUCUUUCUUUCUUUCUUUCCUCUCACUCUCAUUCUCUUCCCCUUUCUUUUUUCUUUCUUUUCCUUUUCUUUUCCUUUCUUUUUCUUUCUCUCUUUUUUCUUUCUUUCUUUUUUUUUCCCUUUAUUUCUCUCUUUUUUCUUUCUUUCUUCCUUUCUUUUUUUUCUCUCCCCUUUCUUUCUUUUCCUUUCUUUUUUCCUUUCUUUCUUCCUUCUCACUCUGUUUCUUUCUUUCCCUUUCUCUUUCCUUUUCUUUCUCCUUCUUUUUUCUUUCUUUCUUCCUCUUUCUUUAUCACUCCCUUUUUUUUUCUUUCUUUUCUUUCUUUUCCCUUUUUUCUUUUUUCUUUCUUUCUUUCUUUCUUUCUUUCUUUCAGAAAUCUAUCCAGUCCCCUCCUUUUCUUUUGUCUUUUCUCACUUUUUGAUCAUUUUUUUUUUUCAUUUUUAUUAUUUUUAGUUGAGUUUUUUAAAGAAAUUAAUUUUGCCUUCUUUCUCACUUUUCUUUCUUUUUUUCAUUUUUCUAUUUCUUCUCACCCACCUCAAUUUAUUUCGGAUAUUUUUCUUCCUUUCUUCCUUUCUUUCUUUCUUUCUUUCUUUCUUUCUCUCUCUCUCUCUCUCUCUCUCUCUCUCUCUCUCUCUCCGUAUCUUUCUUUCUCUCUCUCUUUCUUUUUUCUUCCUCUUUUUCCAUUAUUUCUAUCUCUUUCUUUUUCCCUUUCUUUAUCUUUCUUUGUUUCUUUCUUUCUUCCUCUUUCUUUAUCUCUCCUUCUCUUAUUAUUUUUCUUUUAUCUUUCAGAAGUCUAUCCAGCCCCCUCCUUUUCUUACGUCUUUUCCCACUUUUUGAUCAUUUUUUUUUUUUUCAUUUUUCUCUUGGGCUAUUACUUAGCGUCUCUAUUUGAUUUUGGUACUUGUUCGACCAGACAUUUCCACUUUAGCGUCCCUAAUCUUUCUUUCAUUUCGAAUUCAAUUUCCUUCUUUCUUCGCUUUCAUUUUUCACUCAUUUUGCCACCUUACCCCUUCUCAUUUUUUCGACUGAAUCCUUUUUCAUGUUUAUUUUUUUUCACUCCUUAUUCUUUUUCUUCUAUUGAUACGAUUGUUUUCUUUCUUUCUUUUCUCUCUUUUUACUAUUUAUCCUUUUAUUUUUAUUCAUUUUUUCAUUUGCUCAUUCCUUCCAUCUAUUUUUUUCGUUUUCUUCUUGCUUUUAAUUCAUAUUUAUUUACUUCUAUUUUUCUUCCCCAUACUUUUAAAUAUUUUUUUCUUUGCUUUUUCAACAUCCUUUGUUUCACUUUCUCUAAAUUAUAUCAUUUCUUCCUUUCUAUUCUUUCAUUCUAUGUGAUAUUCUUUCCUUUCGCUUCCCAUAUCUUAACUCUUUCCGCCUUCACUGACGUCUGCACCUUCCAUUUAACGUCUUCAAUCACUGCAAAUGGUCCGGAAUUUUCAUCUUUCAAUGAUAUUCUUUACGUCUUUUUAUCUCUAUUUUCUAUUCGCUCUCUCUCUCUCUCUCUCCCUCUCCCCUCUCUCUCUCUCUCUCUCUCUCUCUCUCUCUCUUUGUAUCAUUAUAAUCUAUCUAUCUAUCUAUCUAUCUCAUUUUCGUAA